UCGAGCAGGCUCGGCAGUGACUACAGUUUACUUUUGGGGAAAACUACUAUUCGUGGUUCCCGCACAGUUGGAGUGCCUGCGUAAAAAAUAGAUGAGAUUUUUGCAAAAUGCACUGUCUCAAGAAUAUUCGUCCAUCAAAUAGUGGCGUCCUCAAACUACUCGCCCACAAUGCUGUGGGCCAGACUCGGACUGGAAGUAGGGGCACAGGUGUACUACGUCCACGGCCCGUCGCAGUUCCAUUCAGUACCAAUGGCGCUUCAGCGCUCAGCCAGCAGACGUGCCAUCAGCACAGGGUCUCCGACGCAGAGCAGGUGCAAUACAGUAAAGGGGCGGUCACUGGUCUGGAAGAUCUUCUGUUCUACACGAUCACCCAAGGAGAGGAGAAAAUCCCUGUCUCUCGCUUCAUUGCUGCUCUGAGGAGCACGGGGCUGAUGCCCUCCGACCCCAGACUGAGGGACUGCAUGCGCCAGCUGCAGCAGUCCAUCCAUGAGUCCAUCGGGACGGUGAUGAUGGACCAGGAGCUUUUCAGGAAAUGUGUGGGCAGCAACAUUGUGCUUUUGACAAAAGCUUUUAGGAAGAAGUUCAUCAUCCCUGACUUUGAGACGUUCAUCUCCCACAUCAAUGAAAUCUAUUACUCUGCACAGCAACAGGAAGGAGGACAGGUGGCAGACUACAUUCCACAGCUGGCUAAAUUAAAUCCGAAGUCGUGGGGAGUUUCCCUCUGCACAGUCGAUGGCCAGAGGCACUCGGUAGGGGACACGCGUGUGCCAUUCUGCCUGCAGUCCUGUGUGAAGCCAUUGGAGUACGGCGUGGCCGUGAACGAGGCAGGCAGUGAGGCGGUCCACAAAUAUGUGGGGAAAGAGCCCAGUGGACACAAGUUCAACAAACUCUCACUGGAUGACGAUGACAAACCACAUAACCCCAUGGUGAAUGCAGGAGCCAUAGUUAUCAGCUCGCUUAUUAAGCCAGGAGCUAAUAAAGCAGAGAAGUUUGAUCAUAUGUUGCAAUAUCUCAAGAGAAUGGCAGGGAUGGAAUUUGUAGGCUUCAACAACGCUACCUUUCAGUCGGAGAAGGAGACGGGUUACAGAAAUUACGCUAUUGGAUAUUACCUCAAAGAGAAGAAGUGCUUCCCACAUAACUCUGACAUGAGUACUGCGCUGGACUUCUACUUCCAGCUGUGCUCGAUAGAGGUGACGUGUGAGUCGGGGAGCGUCAUGGCUGCCACGCUGGCUAACGGAGGGAUCUGUCCAAUCACAGGCGAGCGUGUGCUGAGCGCCGAAGCUGUGAGGAAUACAUUGAGUCUCAUGCACUCCUGUGGAAUGUAUGACUUCUCUGGAGAGUUUGCCUUUCAUGUGGGCUUACCUGCCAAGUCAGGUGUGUCAGGUGCCGUGCUCCUCGUGGUCCCCAACAUCAUGGGAAUGAUGUGCUGGUCUCCGCCUCUGGACCGAGUGGGCAACAGCGUCAGAGGAAUCCACUUCUGCCAGGAACUGGUGUCACUCUUUAACUUCCACAACUAUGACAACCUGAGGCAUUUUGCCAGGAAGCUGGACCCACGCCGACAGGCUGGUGAUGAUAGGAAUAAGUCUGUGGUUGAACUCAUGUUUGCUGCCUAUAGUGGAGAUGUGUCAGCGCUCAGACGGUUUGCUCUGUCCUCUAAGGACAUGGAGUUGAGUGAUUAUGACCGGCGGACAGCCCUCCACGUAGCAGCGGCUGAGGGUCAUGUGGAGGCCGUGCUCUUUCUAACUCAGAUCUGCAAAGUCAACCCACUGGUGAAGGACAGAUGGGGAAACUCCCCUCUCGAUGACGCCCUCCAGUUCUCCAGGGACGACGUGGUGAAGAUCCUGCAGGAGUACCAGACGUUGUACGCACAAACAAAUACCUCCUGUCCCUCUGAACCUGCGCUGGACCUAGAUGGGCAACAGAAGCUAGACGCCCUCAAAGGCCUGGUCUGACUGCAGGCAGAGUGAGGCGCUUGCAGACAAUCUCUGUCACUGAAGCCAUUGAAUUGGUUCAUACAGAAAACCGAGAAGCAGGAGAUUUAAGCCUAAAUUUCACAUUCAGUGCCAUUUAAUCUCACUGUUGUCUAGGAGUAAGUAAGGAGAUAAGGUCUCUUUUUUGCUCUUCUUUCUUAUGGGACCCUAUGAUGGAUGUAAGGGUGUCUAUCAAUGCAGUUUGAAUUUCGAUUAUGAAAGGUUACCAAAUAACCGUUGAGCACUGGCAGUUAGCUGCUCCUUGAUACUGUGAGUGACAGUCUUGCUGAUUGUGUUAGAAACAGGCAUUCACUGAGUUGUGUACAGUGCUAAGAUGUUUAUAAUUAUGAGCUCAGUAAUGUAUUUAAAUUGGACAUAUUUAUUUUUGUAAAAAAUCUAUUGUGUUUAUCAGCUGUAAGUAUAUGUGUGGUCAUGUACACAGUGAAAUAUGUGUGAAUGGUGAAUGAACAGGUUGUACAUACAGAUUGAAGACGGGUGUUUUCAGUAUCAACACCUUCCAUAGUGGUCUUUCUGUCAGGAGAUGAGAUAAGCUACUGCAGCCAGUAAUAACACACCUACCUCACUGCCAGUUAUCAACAGUGAAAAAGAAAUGAGCAAACUGAUAGGCGUGACAGUAAAUCACUAUGUCAAAUACAGAACUUCUUCUGUGGUGGGUGCUGCUGAAAGAAUGAGAACCAGCAAUAGAUGGUUCCUUUGUAAUCUUGAUGUAACAGAUUACAUAGUUGCUCAUAAAAUGGUUUUGAGACCUGGCUUAAAGAUCUACCUCUUAUAGAGACAGGCCAGUUGAGCUCUGGUGAGAUAACUGUGUGGACAGGACAGGACACCACACCGUGCUUUUUGCAGUGAACCUUUUGUCUCCUUAUAUGCUGUGUUGGCUGGAGUUCAGAGUAUCAGAGGAGGUAGGAAACUGCAGGGAUUGUGGAUCACGUUCCGGUAUUGUUGUAUACGCACACAUCCAUGAUUAAAGGUUUAUAUUAAAAAAAAAAACUCCUUCAUGUUUCAAAUGAAUGAUUGAGCCUGAUUGAAUUACAUGAAAUGUAAUGAUAUGUAAAUAAUACGUAUUCUUUUUUUCCUUUGAGACAAACUUGAAAUGGUAAUGUGUGAAUAAAAAGGACGUGUGGACUACAUAAACAGUUCUGA